GCGCACGUUUACAGUCGCUUAACGUGGAAGGGGAAAACGCGAUAUGCGUCAGGAAAUAACACUUGCUGGAUUCGUUACAUUCAUUGCUGCGCCCAACAAGCGGCUCGACAGUGUUGCGAUUCCGCGAUGUGUGUUGCCAGGGUAUCUUCGGCCUUUCUUGUAGUACGAAACGUGGUCAGGCAGCUAUAGAACUGUUCCCUGCUGUUCAUUUCAUCUGUUUUGUGUGCACGCCUUUAUCCGCACUGGCGCCAACAUAUGGAGCCACACGCACGCAUACACACACACAAUCAAACCUAAUACACGAAAGCAAGAGCGUUAGAUUUCAUUCAAAGCUUUCUUUACCUUUUUAGUCCUCCAAUUAUAUUGAGUUGCGUUGGUUUGGCUUUGAGUUUUCUCCCUUCUCGCCAUCUGUGCGCUAUCACCGGUGCUUCGUCUGGACGCGAGAGGCGUAGAUUUUCUUUAACGCUUUCACUCCCUUUAUUUGGCGCCUCCCCAACAUCGUUGUCUUUUUGUCGUUGUGGUUCCCCCGCCGGCGUGUUGCAGAUUUUGUCCUUAUGCCGCCUGUGAAGACGGUGAAGAAUGACACCGAUGUGAUCAUCCCCAAAGCUGGGGAGGAGUACGUGUCCGAAGACGGUACCGUCUCUCAAGUAUUGGACGACCACGUCGAUGCCAACUACGAGCCGACGGAGGAAGAGGUAUUAGAGUUUGCGGAUUGGAUCGGCAUGCAUCUGCCCGAAGAUGCCGAGUACCUGUGGCUCGCGCGCGAGGGUCUGAAGACGCCCCUGCCGAAGGAAUGGAAGCCGUGCAGCACCAACGAUGGCGAGGUCUACUACUUCAACUUCAAGACAGGCGAGAGCAGCUGGGACCACCCCAUGGACAGCCUGUUUCGCCAACGGUUCGAGCAGGAGAAAGGGAAAGCCCUCAAAAAGGGAAAGACAGCACCAGCAACGUCGUCAGGGAAAACGACGAUCACGACGGGCAACCUCGAUAGAGGCGGCAGCGGGCUGGGGCUCUCCAGUCCUGCAGGCGGCAUACCACAGACGCGUGUUAUUAUGACGGAGGCGGGCACGACCACGCGAGGCACGGGACUGGCUGCCGGUUCUCCUCUCACCCCCACCCCCACACCUGCUGCUUCCGGACUGUCCACGGGCAGUCGCAACGCCACAGAGAAAGGCGCCAAGUCGGGCAAACCGGCGAAACAGACCGCCUCACCGCACCUGCAGCAGGGCACGUCGGCGACGGCCACCGCGACAACCCUCAACGACCGUCAGAACUCGGCUUCCGUGUCGAGUGCCGCCUCGCCCUUAACAGGCAGCACCGGUAGUGUGGGCUUUGGCAGUGGUAGUGGUGGCAAUCCCGUUCGCAAAGGAGGCCCGCAGCCGGCGGUGUCGUCGUCCACGUCUACCCCAGCUCCGGCGGCCUCCCUGUCGGCACCCCGGCGCACCGUCUCGGAGGCGGAGCGGGCGAUGGAGGAGAAGGUGCAGCGCGAGGUUCAGCGUGCCUUCGAGGCGGAGAAGGCGAAACUCGCCGAGGCCCACCAAAGCUCGCUGGCCUCCCUGCAGCAGCUGCAAGAAAAGGACGUGGCGGAGAUGCGCGCCGCCGACGCAGCCCGACGCGCCGCGACGACCAAGCAAGAAGACGAGGAGCGCGAGCGCCGCCUUCAGCAGACACGAGCGAAGUGCGAAGAACUGUACGGCGACGAGUUGCGCACGAUGGAGCGCGAGGAGGAGACGCUGCAGAGCAAACUGCAGAGGAUGGAGGCGGAGGCGGCCCGCGCGGCGAGCGGCAACACGCAGCGCACUCAAAUCGAAGAGCAGAUGCAGAACGAACUCGCCAGACAUCGGACAGACCUUGAGGCGACGAUGAAGCGGCAGCACGACGCAGCCAUGGCCGCAGAGGAAACAGCGCACACCGCCGCCAUGCAGAAGAUCGCGCGUGAAGGCCAGGAAAAGGUGCAGGCGUUACAGCAGGCGUCGCUGCACAAGAUGGACGCAGCGGAGCGCGCCAUGGCUUUAGAUGUUGAUGCCCAAAAGAGGAAGCUGGAGUAUCAACUCAAAGACCUUGAGCGUCAACUCGCGGAAAAGGCGAAAGCCAACUGUGUCGCUUCUGGCAGCCCCAACGCAGCAAGCGACGCUGCCGCAACGGCUCCUUCGCCAUCCCUCAGUGAAGAACUGACGCGCAUUACUGCGGCAAAGGCCGCGCAACUGCAUGAUCUCGAGACGGAGGCGGAAAAAGAACGUGAGGCGGUACGGAUCAAGAGCGAGGCCGCCCUUUCUGAAAUGACGCGCCAGCAACAGCAGCCGCAACCCCUCUCUCCAAGCGGGCUUCAAAGCUCCAUGACAAACCGCGUGCCAUCGUUUUCAGGCGAUCGUCCGAUGUCUGUGGUGGUGCAGGGCGGCAGCUUUUCCGGGUCACGGACGACAUCGUCCGCAUUCGGCGUCACCUACCUGCAGGAGCUGAACCGCAUCCGUAUGACACGUGCAAAGGAGCGGCAGGAGCGGCUGGCACAACUCCUCAUUGAGCGCAACGCCGCCAUCGCUGCUGUCUCCGUGUCGUCGGUGCCCUCCCUCGGUGCGAGUGGGCACGUUGGCUCCUCAACCCGCAGCGACGCCGACGCGCUCGCCAGCCCCACCUUGGAAGAACUCAAGACGACGCACGCUGCGGAGUUGGAGGCGAAGAAGGCACUCUAUGCCCACCUCGAGGCAGAGCUGAAGGCGCAGCUCGCGCAGGAGACCGCCAUGGCCGCCGCGGCCACCACCGCCGAGCAACAGAGCGCCGUCGUUGCCAAGGCGGUGGAGGCGGAGAUGGAACUGUACGUGCAGGAAGUGCAGGCCCGCCACGCUCGCAUGCAGCUGGAGGCAAGUGCGAAGCGUGAAAAGCUCUUGUCCGAUCACCAACUGGCGCUGGAGGCCUACGAGCGGCGGAAGAAGGAGAUGGAGAUGCGCCAGGCCCGCGAGGAGCAGGAGGCGAAGGAGGCCUUUAUACAAGAAAAGGUGCACGCCGCCGCGAAGGCGGAGCGAGCGAACCUGGAGGCCAAGCACGCGACAUCGAUGGCCCGCCUCGCUGCUCGCUACGAGGAGGAGCGCGGGGCGGCGAAGGCGGAGGUGGAUGAGGAGAUGGACGCCUACGAGCGAGCAGAGAAGCAGAAGAUGAUGGCCACCGCUGCAGCUGCCGUGGCGUCUGCGCAGCGUCUCGCCCAACAGAAGGCGUCACUGUCCUCUGCAUCCGCUUCCCUCCCGCAGCGGUCGAACGCCGACACCGCUGCGGCUGCGGCCGCCACAGCAACGGCGGCGAUAGAGACUCGUUGUGCGCAGCUGUCGCAGCAGCUCGCCGACAAGGAGGCGCGGUGGGCAGCGGAUACGGCCAAGCGUGAGGCAGAACGCAAUGCCUUGGCGGCGAAGCGCGCCACUUUGCAGGCACGGCAGCGGGAACGCGAACAGCAUCUGAGAGAUAUAAAAGACCAAAACAUCCGCCUCGCCGCCUCGCUUUCUGCGGCGGAAGCGCAAAGGGACAGCGCGCGCAGGUCUGCCUCGGCGGCCACGCCAUCGCCUCUGUCCCCGGCAGCCGCUUCCCCAGAUGUACCGCCCAAUGGGUAUCGCCUGCGUACGGCCCAUGAGGCGGCGUUGCGCUCCAUGGAGGACGGCUACCGCGCGGAGCAGUCGGCGCUGGAGGCGGACCUGCAAAGUUGGCGAUCGAAAACGCAGCUUCUGGUGCAAAACCAGCACCGUCGUCCCUCACUAGGUGGUCUCUUUAACCCCGGCCUCAACACACCGCGACAGCAGGUUUUUUCCACCACUGACAGCGUUGCUCGCACGCCGAUGUUUUCCCACCCGAGCCCGAUCGCGCCAACCGCGGCUGGGGCGUCGCUGCAAAACACACCCUAUCAUUCCUUUCCCUUCGGCGAAUCGCCGUGGGUGCAGCCGCGGUCCCAGCAGUCGCAGCAGCCGCAGCGAUCGACGACACCGCCACUUUCCAGUGCAGGGGUGCCGUCGAACGGCGGAGGCCUUCCUCUCUCCGCCGGUGGCGGCAGCGCAGCUCCCUCCGUGGCGCGCUCGCUCAUGGCACCAGCCUCCCCCGAUGCACUUUCCUACUACGGGGAACACCCACAAGAGAUGCAGCAGCGGCAGGCGGCUCUGAUGGCGGCGCGCGAGGCGUGGCAGCAGCAGCGUGCGCGUCAACUUCAGCAGUUCCAGGUGCAGCAGCUGCAACGCAGUCUGUCUCUCCCUCCUUCUCCUUCGGCGACGGCGUCCUUCUCCAGGCCGGGCGGUGGCUACGACAGCUAUGCAAUGAAGCAGAGUCGUCCUCGUCGCACCCGCACCCCUCCUCCACCGCGGACGAGUGCUCUUCAGCGGGAUCCGUUGGGCGAAGUCCUGUCAAAGUUGAGCAGUCGGCUCGACUUGCUGACGGGGCAGGCGGAGGACUUGCAGCGCCGUCGCAGUCAAUCGGAACACGUGGGCGAAGGUGCUUCGACGUCUCGUUCCCAAUUGAUCCGCUCACGACAGCGUCUUUCCUCCUCUCUUCAACGGCACGACUCCGAGCACAAGUCCAGAGUGGGGCAACAGCAGGCCCAGCAGAAGCGGUCAGCGGCAGCAGCGUCGCCGCGCUCACCGCGCGCAAGCCGACCAGAUUCGAGUCGGCGCGACGACGACACGCUUUCGUCAAAGUGGAAUCAUCUACUUGACAGAUUCGGCCGCCCAUAG